AUGAAAUUCUCGCAUUCCAUUACGCUGAAUGCUUCGCCUGAAUGGCGGGAGCAUUAUCUUGCCUACUCUCAUCUCAAAAAACUAAUCUAUGCGAUAGAAAAGGCUACUCUUGGACUUGAUCAGCUUCCUGUUGAUCACCAUGAUCUUGAAAAUGGCACUUUGCCACCAGCUCAUAUCUAUCAAGGCGCUAGUCUGGAAACCCCUCAAGCUGAUAGCAUUCGCGAUGAAGCGCCAUCAGAACAAACGCCUUUGCUUCCCGCCGGAAUGGAGUCUGUUACGGCAGUCGGAAAGCUUUCUUUGCAAGAUGCCAACGACUUUUUUGAGCGUGCUUUGGAUGAGGAGUUGGACAAGAUUAAAAACUUUUACACUGAAAAAGAGCUUGAUUUGCUGGCAGAUGUUCAGGCACUUAUCAAUGAGAUUAGAAGUGUUGAAAAAUACGAAGAAAGCUAUCUUGUUGGACUUUCCGAUGCCUUUGAUAGCUCACAGGUUCCUAGUCUGCAUCUCAUGUCUCCAGCUUUGCCUCCACCUCAAGUUGGGCUUGAAAGUGUGCGCGAGGAACCUUUGAGUUAUUCAAUUGCCUGUGGAUCGAAUCCCUCUGCUGCUAGCGCAACGACAACAAUGGCGUUUCUGGGAUCCACUGUAGAUGCGACAAAGACAUCUCCAACAUCGUCUGCCUCGGAAUCCAUGAUGGAAGAUCUUUCUCAAUCCAAACCAUCACUUAUAAAGCGAGCAACUACAAUAGGGCCUAUUCUCCAUUCAUCCAAUCCAAACAUUUCACUACAAUCAUCCGUGAGUCCAAAUGCUACGGAUCGUCGUCGUGUAUAUUCUGAAAACUUUGAUGAUGCCAUUGGAAUGACUCCAGAUGCAUCUCGUCCAGGAUACCUCACUUUUCUAAUCUGGUCGUCCAAAGGUCUGCGCAAUCACCGCCAGCGAUUCCAAAAGCGUGUUAUUGGGCUCUUUGUUGUUUUGUGCGAGCUGCGCGACUAUGUCGAUAUUCAUGAGACUGGAUUCAGUAAAGUCCUUAAAAAGUACGAAAAAGUUGUUGGUGCAAAACUAAAGCAUUCCUAUAUGGCCAAGGUAGAGCUCUCUUAUCCUUUUCUCAAUCGCACCAAGGAAGCCCUUGCUAAAAUCAUUGAUCGAGUCAUUGGAAUCUAUGCUCGUAUUGCCACGGAUGGCAAGGCUGGAUUGGCUCUGACAGAGCUUAAAAGCCAUUUGCGCGAUCAUAUUGUAUGGGAGCGCAAUACCAUUUGGCGCGAUAUGAUUGAACAGGAGCGAAGGAGGGAGACUAUUGGGCUGCGUCCAAACGCUAUGACGGGAGAUGCUCUUGGACUUUCCAAGUUUGUUCCAAUUAAAAUAGGUACAAUCACGCUGUACUUGCCCAAUGUGAUUCCUGCCAACUUUUUGGUGAUUCUGCUGGCUACAGCCGUGCUGAUAGGCAUUAUACAGUAUCGUGUUUUACCAACUCCAGAGCAAAAUGGGUGUUUUGCCAUUCUAAUCUUUGCCUCUAUUCUUUGGGCCUUUGAGGCACUCCCACUUUUCAUUACAUCAAUCUUGGUACCUCUUUUAGUUGUUGUUCUUCGUGUGCAACGCAAGAAUGGCGAGCGACUCAGUGCACACGAUGCUGCUAAACAGAUAUUUUCAGAUAUGUUUGGUCCAGUUAUAAUGCUUCUCCUUGGUGGGUUUUCACUUGCCGGUGCAUUAAGUAAGCACAACAUUGCUAAAGAGGCAGCCGCUAUUAUUCUUGGCCGUGCAGGAUCUAAACCUCAAUGGGUUUUGCUUGCAAAUAUGUUUGUGAGCACAUUCUCCAGUAUGUGGAUCUCCAAUGUUGCUGCUCCUGUUUUGUGCUUUUCGCUUGUAUCUCCCAUAUUGAGGAACUUACCCCAUAAAUCCCGUUAUGCUCGCUGUCUUGUCAUGGGAAUUGCCAUGGCUGCCAAUGUUGGUGGUAUGGCAUCUCCCAUCUCGUCCCCACAAAACAUCAUUGCCAUGGCAAACAUGAAUCCACCACCAUCGUGGCUGCAGUGGUUUACGAUUGCCAUUCCUAUUUGCUUGGUUAUUGAUACUUGCAUAUGGGCUCUGCUACUUCUUGUAUACAAGCCUGACGAAGGUGCUGCGCCGCCUGAACUUUACGGACAGGAACAUUUUUCAUCGCGCAAGAUGUCGUGUACCCAGAUUUAUAUUCUGUGUGUUACGGUAGCUACUAUUGGACUAUGGUGUGCAGAGAGCAACAUUGAAGGGAUUGUAGGAGAUAUGGGUGUGAUUGCUAUUAUUCCGAUUGUUGCAUUCUAUGGCACCGGUAUUUUGACCAAGGAUGAUUGGAACAGCAUGUUGUGGUCAGUUGUUAUGCUGGCUAUGGGUGGGAUUGCUCUCGGCAAGGCGGUUGAUUCAUCGGGACUUCUUGCUUUUAUCACAGAUAUCUUUUCACCAUAUCUAGAAGAACUCCCCUUGCUAUACAGCAUUGCUUUGCUUACAGGUGUUGUGGUAAUUAUCACGAGUUUCAUUAGUCAUACCGUAGGUGCUCUUAUCAUUCUUCCUGUAGUGGCUCAGAUUGGUGCCAGCUUGUCAGAUCCUCGACCUCGCACACUUGUUAUGGCUGCUGCCUUGCUUUGCUCUGGUGGAAUGGCUCUGCCUGUAUCAUCGUUUCCCAAUAUGAAUGCCAUAUCUCUGGAGGACCCAACUGGUGUUCCAUGGCUUAGAGUAGUAGAUUUUUUGCAAAUUGGUAUUCUUUCUACUGGUAUAGCAUGGCUUUCUGUUAUGAGUAUUGGAUAUACAAUCAUGACUGUGAUUGAGUUUGGAUAGUUUUUGAAUGAAUCGCCUUAUUGUUAC